AUGCGCUUCAGUGAGCUGAGUUUACGGGUUAGUGACAUUGUAGCUUGUGCACUAAAACAAACCUCCCUACGGAGGAUGGCUACGAAAAUUGGCUUAGUUCAAAUGCAGUCAACAUCAAACAAGACAAAAAACUUCCAGCAAGCUGUUAAAUUAAUUAAUGAAGCCAAGGCAUCAGGUGCCAGGAUGGUUUUCUUGCCUGAGUGUUUUGACUUUGUUGGCAGUUCAGUUGAGGAGACAUUGAGUCUCUCAGAAGUGUUGGAUGGACCACUGGUCAUGAAUUACCGCGACUUAGCUGCUAAAGAAAAACUUUGGAUAAGCCUUGGUGGUGCUCAUAUAAAAGUUAAUGAGUCUGAUGACCGUGUGUACAAUGCUCAUAUAAUUAUCAAUGCUGAUGGUCGGAUUGUAGCACAGUACCAUAAGGUUCAUUUAUUUGAUGCCGAUUUGAACGCAGAGAGUACAACAUUACUUAUGACAAAGUCAGAAUCUACACAGUCAUUUUUCUCUGAGUCGAAAGUUAUACGUGCUGGUAAAAAUGGUCCAGUAGUUGUUGAACAUACACCUGUUGGAAGAUUGGGUCUAGCUAUUUGUUAUGAUAUGCGUUUCCCCGAACUGGCAGCUCAUCUGCGUUAUGCUAAAAACGCUCAAGUUUUAACUUAUCCAUCUGCUUACAUGACGUAUACAGGUGAAGCAGGUCAUUGGCAUACAUUGAUUCGAGCCAGAGCUAUUGAAAAUCAGUGUUAUGUAGUUGCUGCAGCUCAGGAGGGGAAACACAACGAAAAGCGAUCUUCUUAUGGUCAUAGCUUAGUUGUAGACCCAUGGGGUCAAAUUAUUGCUGAACAGAUUAAUUCCGGUCCUGGCUUACUACUCUGUGAGAUAGGCCCUUUUAAAAUUGAGGAUUCAACAGAGUCCAGCAUUCCUAAAAUCUAUCGUGUACGAAAAUCAAUGCCAGUGGAAUAUCACAGACGAUUCGACUUAUUUCCAAUGUCUGAUAGUGGAUGUCCUCGUCCUAUUCAAUCGUCAGACUUCACUUUUGGUCCACAUACAAUUAAACCGGAUUGUGUUUUCUAUCAGUCAGAGUUGAGUUUCGCAUUUGUUAACAUCAGUCCAUUGGUACCGGGACAUAUACUUGUUUGCCCAAUUGUAUGUAUACCAAGAUUUUGUCAGUUGACUACUGCACAGAUUGCUGAUCUUUAUAUGACUGUUAGACGGAUUGCUGAACGAUUAGCUGAACACCAUUCAGCGACAAGUUUAACAAUAUCUAUCCAAGAUGGAGAGGAUGCUGGUCAAAGUGUACCACAUGUUCACGUUCAUGUGUUGCCAAGAAAACCGAAUGAUUUUCCAGAAAAUGAUAAUAUAUAUAAAGCAUUACAAAAACAUGAUAAAGUGAAAAAUCGUGUCAAUCGAUCACAUGAAGUAAUGCGACAAGAAGCUGAAGAACUACGCCAACUGUACUACUUAAACGUGUUAGAAUGA